UGGGAAACGCGCCGUGUUGCCGUUACAGAUUCUGUUUUGUUUUCGAUUCGAGAAGAGGCGGGCUAGCAUGAUUACUUCUGCCUGUUGAAAAAAGUGUGCACCUCGUCAUUAUCUCACCUCAAAGCUUCAAAAUACCGACUUUACAAUGGAUGAGGACACCCAAGAAUCUAUUCCUCAGUUUAAGGAACUUGACGACGUUCUGAACUGUGGCAUUUGCCAUGAAAUUUUAACCACUCCCGUCAUCACAGCCUGUAGUCAUACAUACUGCAGCAUUUGUAUAAGAAGGUGGCUGUCAGGCAAACAAGAAUGUCCCUCUUGUGCCACAGCCAUUUACGAGAGCACUCUCCGAAAAAACACAAUUGUUGGAAAUAUUCUUGAUGCUGUUAAAAACGUGAAAAGGCUAUUGGGGAAAAAUGCCUCAAUGCCAAGCAUUAAGAGCAGCACUAGAUGUCUUAAUGUUCAGGAUGAGUUUGGCGAUGAACCAAAGAAUAGGACCAUCAAAACGACUCCACCUGCAACACCAAAACAGAAUCAUUCUGCUCAACCUACAAAGACUCCAAUGCUUCUACCAAAGACCCCCUCACCUAUGGUACAGAAAUUUCCCAAAGUGGAAGUGAAUAGUACCCCUGGAGGAGGGACCCCAACAGCAUUGGACAAUGAUCAUUCGCCUGCCUUUAAAGUACCAUGCCCAGUGUGCGGUACAAUUAUGGCUCAGAGAUUAGUGAAUAGCCAUUUGGAUCGCUGUUUGUUGGAACCUAAGACUCGGUCAUCUGAGACAGUAAAAAGUCCAACUCCUACUGUUAACUCUGCAGCAAAGACAAGUAUAGCUAAAAGCUCAAACUCUGCUGAAAGUAAUCCAUCCCUUCAACCCAUAAAAAAAAUGGUCUAUAAUCUGCUGUCUGACAAACAAAUUAAAAAUGAGUUGAGGAAGUAUGGUCUAGCCAUUCAGGGAGACCGUAGUACUUUGUUAUCAAGGCUAAAAAGGUUUGUCAUUUUGCACAAUGCUGAAUGCGACUCAACUACUCCAAAAACAUUAAGUGAAAUGAAACUGCUUGUUGAAAGAGAGGAAAAAGCAAUGGCUGGUUCUUCAGCCUCUUCUUUUAGUCAAAUGUUCAAGAGAACAGAUAAUCCUCAGGAGAUAGAUAAUGCCCUUAAAGAGUACAGGACACAGCAAAAGGCCAGUUACCAGAAACUGAUUGAUGAGGUGAAGAAGAGAAAUAAACACAAGCCCUCCAAAAAAGAAGAAUGUGUAAUUUUAAGUGACACGGAAGAUGAAGAUGACCCUGCCCCUAUCCCGGUUCCACAACACGAACCUUUACCUGUACCUGAAAGUGCCCAUGCCAUGAACUCCAGGCAGGCAGAUAGUGAUUGCGACAAGUCUGGGAAAAAAACCAAUCACGGUAAUGCUAGUGACUCGGAUGAUAUUGCCUGUACUAGUAAGUCUCGGAAAUCAACUAAUCAUAGAAAGAUGACCAAGAAUGUAAAAAGAAAAUGCAUCGAGAGUGAGAGUGAAGAGGAUGAGGGUGAGAAUGAGAUAAGGCAGGCAAAGCAAUGGAAGCGAGCAGAGCAAACUACCUCACCUGUACUUCCUCGUAGUACUCCUGCCAGGCAGCUGCGAAGUCGCACAGCCCAAAAUAAAGCUAUUCAGAAGCGUAGCGUAUCAUCACCACAGAGUCAAACAAGGAACUCACAAAGAAUCAAACAGCCCCCUUCUAAGAAGGUUUUAGAAAGGGGAGGUGGAAAAGAUGGACUCUCAUCUAGUUCUGAUGAAGAAAUUCCUUCCAAAAGAAGUAUUGGUGUUAAACAAUCCAAGCAAAGAUCUCCCACGCCGGACCCAGAUAUAUUUGAGUCCUCUCCAGCAAGCAGUAUACUAUUUCCAUGUGGUCAAAAAGCUAGAUGUGAUGACAGUGGGAAUGAGGCACUUAGUGCGCUUGUUAACAUGAUUGAUAAUGAUGGUGGAAGCACCACAGAUUUUGAUGAGUGACUUUUAAACUUUCUUUAACUUUCAGCUUGCUGUUACCAUGUUUUGUAAAUUCAAAACUUUCUACGAACUAUUUUAUUCUAUUUUAUUGCAUAAGUGACAUUGAGGGCAAAUAAAACCUUACUUUGUUCACCUUUCUGUA